AUGUCUUCCUCACAGGAACCCUCAAAUAAUUCUAAUACUAACAAUUCAACUUAUCAAAAUCAUUUAUCAGAUUACGAAAAUGAUGAAUAUCUAAAUCCACAAAUAUAUUCUCAACAACAAAUAUCAGGUCAGGCUUUUGACAACAGAGGACAAUCUUAUGAAAAUGAUUUAUUUCAACAAAUGUAUCCUUUUCAAGAUGAUGCUGAUGAAGAUUUACCAAAUGAAAUAGUUGCUGAAUUAGAUGCAAGAAAUCGUAUGCAAUCAAAUAUUAAUGAAGAAGAUGAUUCGGUCUUUUCUGAUAUUGUACAAGAUGCUUUUAAAAAAUAUCAAAAUGAGCAAGAUGAAUUAUAUUCUCAAAUGGAAGAAUGUUGGAAUUAUAUGGCUACCGAAAAUAAUUCUGUUGAUACGCCAAAAGCUCCAAUUGAACAACCUCAACAAAGUAAAUUAAAUCCGGAUGCAGUUGAAUUUAAGCCAACAUGGUUAACAUCUACAUCAAGUACAACAACAAAUGAAGGAUCCUUUGUUAUCUUGACAUCUAGUCAACCUGAAGCGUCACAAAAAAAAGUUUAA